CUUGUGUAAACAUGUGAAUAAAUCAAAUGUUUCCAAUUUAACCUCCCUUUAUCAACAAAGGUGUGGUCACAAUGAUAGCAAUUUCAGCAUUCUUUCAUAGAAAAGAGUGCAAUAUUGGUGUUAAACAAUAAUGCGGUUAAUUUUACUCGUAUUUCUCUUAAAUUCCUGCGAUUCGUCGAGUUUGCGCCAGCUUCGAGAUUUCAAUUUUCCGGGAUCUAUGGCAAUCGCUAAUGUGGAGAAUGGCUCAAAGCUCUACCUUUGCUCAUCGGACGGCCCCAUCGCUCUGAGCAAGAUCACUGUAACAUCUAAUGGAAGAACUGUGAGCCUAGACCAGCUACUCGUUUCUUCUGGUUUUCUGAACGGCUGGUCAGUUAAUUCUGACCUAACAAUUUCCACGUCCAACACUCCUGACGUCACCAACAAUCUCGGCGGUAUUAUUUUCAUAUCUACACGGCAAAUGGCUCGUGACCCGAAUUUCCUGGUAUACUCGAUUCAGGAAGCGAACAAAGUGAUUUCCAGACCAACAAAUUCGGAAACUACGCUGGUUCUGUUGAAUUCCCAGCCGAACAGUUGCCGUAUUAGUAAUAUUGCACAACCGGACUCCACUAAACUUUUUAUUUACCACGGAAUCCCUGAGGCGGGAUACAACAACUCAGAGUACCAGGCAACUGCGAGCAAGUUGAUUUUCACGAAUCCGAUCAAAAGUUGGCCGAGUGGAAAUACUUAUUUCUUCGACACCAUCGAGCCGAUGCAAUACUCCUUGCGUGCCUUUUACAUUCGAGCAAUCGGUUCUAUUGCAUUCAAAGUCUCGAACCAGUGGAUAGAUCCAAGCAACUACGAAACCACCGCCGCGACGACAACCGGAUUCUUGAUGAGCCAAGAGGUUUCUACUCCGAGCUUGAAAGUGGAUUUCAUGUUUAAUUCCGGCCAUAAUGGAAUCGUCGGACUUCUUGUGAGUACAGCGCUGUUCGCGGACGCCAAUGUUACAUUGUGCAGCAAUUUGGAGUGCGACACAUUGCGAAUGCCCCAGACACCAGCGAUAACUUCUCGCGUCUUCGAGUGGAAUACGAAUGCGACAAGCUUGUCUGUGACACCAAGUCAAGGUGUCUAUUUUAUUCAAUACUUCCGGAUUGACCUGAACGAGCAAAUUGUCGGCUUGACAUCGUCUUCUGCAGCUCCAACAAAUUCUCCAACAACCUCGCAAUCAGUAACUGCCGGUCAAUCAACGGCUUCUACCACUCAAUAUGUUGAAACAACCACUAAGCUGGGCCUAACAGCCUCGAUUGCUGUCUCUACCAUGAUUACAUUGUUACAUAAUAUUUUGUUCGCUUGAGAAUGAGUGUUUGCAAUAGUGUCUUAUAUUUUCAAGAAAUAAAACAUCUUAUAAUUCAGGAAUGAAGAAAUUAAUUUU